AUGUCUGCAAUUGCAUUAUUAUCUGGACAACCUACAAACCUAAUGGGUAUUGAUAUGGUUCAAGAACCAAAACAAGGCUUCCUAAAUUUCCUUCUUUUCAUUCCAUGGUACUUUGAUGUGAAAUAUGCAUGUUUUGAUUCCGUUUUUGUCCUAAUGAUACAACUCAUUUGGCUAACAAUUACAUUAAAUGCCUACAAGAGGUUGAAAAAUCGUAAAACAUUACGUACAUAUCACUUAGUCGCGAUUGUAGUUUUACAACAAUCCUUAGUUAACAUUUUUUCAAUCCCGCUCUACUUCAGAAUCGCUUUAAAUGUAGAUUGUAUAUUAAAUCACUACCAGCAUAUCUACAUAAUUUCCUUAGUUAUCAGUUCAAUUUCAACACUUUUUAAUCUAUUCAUUGCUUUUGUUCAUUCAGUGUUCCUUGAACCAUUUGACUUGGUAGAGAGAAGUUCUUUCGAUCUUUACGAUGGAAAAAACAGAUUAGUUUUUCAUAUAAUCAAUUUAUUUAACGUUUUCAUGAGUUUUUACCUUCCAUACGUUACAUCAGAAGUACAGAAAUGCAUAUUCUAUUUCCUUUUACUCUCACUUUCAAUCUUCGACCUUUAUAUUCGAGUUUUACCUUUUACUUACGUUUCAUGGCUCGUUAAAUACAUCCAGAACGCAAUCAACUUUGUCAUACCAUUCUGCAUCACGGCGAGGAUCCUUUUGAAUCUCAGUUUCUUCUUUACAUGUCUUGUUUAUUUCGCUUGUUUGAUAUUGUAUGCCAUCAUUUUCUGGGUCGCUCAUUUCUUCUUGAACCAGAAGGCUUCACAUUUACUCACAAAUUUCGCAACAAAUGGAGGUAUUGACCAAAUUUUCUUUGGAUCUUUCUUUACACCGUUCAACUUCGUUUCUUUGCUGCGCAAAAUCUCGAAGAUGAACCCAAGCCCAGAAAUAUUCCAGUCUCUCAUGCAAAUGCAGUCUUCAAUCAACCGUCGUGGCUCAAAUUUGAUUGAAAUAUGUAGAUUCUUGGGAUUAUUCCCUUCAAGACGUAAUGAAAUGAUUGCUGAAAUCGAUAGGACUGAUUCUAACUCACUUCACAACCAAUUUAUUUUAUAUUGUAUAAGAGAAAGGUUAAACUCACUUAUUUUGGUAUCAUCACCCGAAGAAAGGCGUAGUUUAGGCAGAUUCAGAUUCCAAUAUGUUGAAACAAUGAAGAGAUACUGGGAAUCUCGAAGAGAUCAGAAACAUUUCAGGAGUUUUAUCGAAUUAAUCAACGGAUACGUGUUAGGUUUGGAGUUAUUAAGUGAAGCGCCAGCACUAUUAAGAAGAUUCCCAUUCGAUUCGAGCGUCAGAAGGCUCUAUAUCGAAUGUUUGUAUCUGACGGGUGGAGAUUCAAUGGAAAUUCAGAACCAACAGAAUAUUUUGAAUGAGCUCUCAGAAACACCGCCCAACAUUACAGAUCCUAUUUUACAUUCAGCAAUUCGAUAUCACCCACAUGUUAUGAGCUAUUUAAGUGCAGAAGAAUUGCAAAGAUGUUCAAGUUCCACACAAAUGAGGUCAAAGAAAGCUCCAAAGAUGGAAAGACCCGCAUGGUCGUACUUAGCCAACCUCAGGUCGAACUAUAUUCCUGGAGUUGUUGCGAUGUACGCAUUACCUUUGAUUGCAUUAUUUAUUUUGUCAUUGAGAAUUGUUUUUAGAGAAAUGGAUGCAUCGAAACUCUCAUUUAGAAUCGAUAACCUAACAACCGAUGUAGUUUUCGACUUCUCAUUCGCAAGUGCAUCAAUGUUUAUUCAAUUCUCCAUCAAUGACACAUUUACAUCCGGUAAUUUCUCAUUAUCUCAGUCCACAAACGAGAGUGAAUGUCAAAUUGUCUUGUUUGACUGCGUUUUGCACUUAACGACGUAUUAUUCUUAUCUUGGCCAGAUCAGAGGUAUUGUUACGUUCAUGGUUCCUGUUGUUACAACGUUCUUCCACAACAUAUUGAACAACACGAACACUUAUUGUUCAGUUCUUCACAAGUUCACUGAAUUUCCACGAAAUUACAGUUUGUAUUCAUUUGAUUCUCCUACGAGUGCAUUAUCUAACACGUGGAAUGUCCUUGAAGAACAGCAGCGACUCUUUACAAACCAUUAUAUUUUGUACGAGUUCUUAGUUGUUUUCUUCGGUCUUAUUUUCAUUGGUGUUUCUCUUUUCAGUUUGAACAUUUAUAUCAAAGCAAAUCGUAUGCUUAAACAUUAUAAACAUUAUUUCGACUAUUUGGCAUCGGAUGAACGAUAUCAGUUAUUCAUGGAAGGUCGUGGUGAAGAAGCGUGGGAAUUAAUUCGAACAUACAUCCCAGUUUCAUCAUCGGAUGAUCCAUCUAAUGCACAAAUUCCUCCUAUGCAACUUCCUUCACAAAACACAGUUUUACAACCACAAAAUCUUCCAAAUGUCCAUACAACGACACCUAUUUUACCUCCUAAAGUCAAGAUCGAACCAGAAGUCACACAAGAAUUACAACAUUCAGAUACAGAUGGAGAAGAAUUGAGUGAUUUGGUUAGAAUCGAACCAAAUGAUAAUGAAAUUGAUCCAUUGUCAGCUCCUCUUAAACGAUCACGUGGAUAUUUCUUUGUAUUUGGUUCUGCAUGUAUUAUGUGGCUUUCUAUUUUUGUUGUUGUUGUUUUCAUUGGCAUUGCACAUUGGACACGCAUGAAGACAUUGUAUGAUCGAUCAAAAGACUUGAUGCUGACAUUUUCUCUCACUAGAACAUCAUUAAUUUUGCAGAAUGAGAUUUGCAAAGCAAUUUUAGGAGAAAAUUAUAAUUCUUCUUUAAUUUUAGAACUCAGUAACACUAUUGAACAGUCCAAUCACACAAUCACUAGUUUCUACAAAGAUAACAUCACAGAUCACGAAGGAAAUGUCAUCGGAACACUUAAAAACUUUGUUCAUUUAGUUACAGACAACAUCAACAAAUAUUCUACAUCAUUUUGGUGUCUCACAUUUCUUCCUCAGUUCUUCGAAUUCACACGUGAAUGUACAUUACACGCUUAUGAAUUUGAACGAGGUUCUAUCAUCUCAGUUAAAGAUUCUAACAUCGCAUCAUUCAUUGCUGACAUUGUUUUGUUCAUUUUAAUAUCUCUUGCUCUUUCUAUUUACGCAUCUGCUUUAUCAGCACAGAUUCUUUCUAAGAUGUUCCCAUUCCCAACAUCACUUAUUGAGUUGUCUAGUUCCAUUUCCAAGGAAUCACAUAAUGACGAAGAAGACCAUCUUCCUGACAACGCAUUAAUUGUCCGAAGUGUUUCAGAGACAGGCCAGAUAUACUCUGUUUCACAGAACAGCUCAAUCCUUCUUGGAAAGAGAUCUGACACACUCAUUGACAUUCCUUUCAGCGAAGUAUUCAGUCGUGAAGACGGACAAGUUCCUCUUGUCAGCACAGUUGACAAGAAACAAGACAAGCGAACAUUCAUGAUCCAACGAACAACUGUUGGUCGAAUUGUUCUUAGUGUUUUAGUUGAUGAUUCUACACGUGUUAUGUCAGGCAACACUAAAGAAUCAACUCCAACAACACAGUUAGUUGGAUACGUUCCUAUCUACUUUGCAGAGCGAUUUGCAUCAGAGAACUCUAGUAAGAUGCCAAUCGAAUGUUGCUACUAUCUUUUCAUGCGUCACAAUGUCACAGACCAGAAAUCAAUCGAACGAUUCUAUGGCAACUUCUCUAUGAUGGUCAGCCACUUCUCUAAGUUGCGAUGCAUCCACAUGGAUGGUUCUAUCAUCACAUGCGUCCUUACUAAAGACUUGAAUGUCGAAGAGAUUGUUCUUAUUGCACGCGAAGUUAUUUCUAAGAUCGGUGACCAACUUUUCUGCAUGAGUUUGCGAUACAUCGAAUAUACAGAUUUCGAACUUGUUGUUGAUGUCGAACCAUACAUCCAGUCACUCACACCAUUCUUCAGUGAAUGCGAAGAUUCACUUUACGAACAGCCACAAGACACUAUCUCAUUUUCUCACGAACUUAACUCUACCAAAUGGGCUAAAUCAGAAGAAUACGGUGACCUUGAGAUCAUGAACAUGAGCUCAUUCUGGAUUUCAUCUAUCAAAGUCCUUUCUAACUAA